AUGAAGAUCGCGGGCCGUACAUUCGUGAUAUCAGGCGGUGCAUCCGGCCUCGGCCGCGCAACAGCCGUCGAGCUCAACAAGGAGGGCGGGAACAUAGCCGUCCUCGACCUCAACGAGGAUGCAGGCGCCGAGCUGGUCAAGCAGCUAGGCGGCCCCUCUCGCGCCAAGUUCUUCGCCGUGGACGUCACGGACACGGAGAGCAUCGCCGCCGCCGUCAAGGGCACGGCUGAGUGGGUACAUGAGACGGGCAAGCCGCUGGGUGGGAUCAUUCCCGCCGCUGGGGUUGGCAAUCCGGCACUGAUCCUCGACGGCAAGAAUAGACCUCUGAGCCUGCAAUCGCUCGACUUCGUCCUCAGUAUCAACCUGCGCGGGACCAUCGACCUGGUGCGCCAGUUCCUCCCGCAGCUGUCGCAGUCCCCUCCCUCCGUCACCCCCUCGGGCGACAAGGAGCACGGCGUGGUGGUCAUGGUGUCGUCCGCCGCCGCAUUCGACGGGCAGAUGGGGCAGGUUUCAUACGCGGCCUCCAAGGGCGCUGUGGCGUCCAUGACCCUCCCCAUGACGAGGGACCUGUCGCGGCACGGCAUCCGCGUCGUCACCAUCGCGCCGGGCACCUUCGAGACGCCCAUGACCAGCGUGCUUAGCGACAAGGUCCGGACCAGCUUGGAGAAGGCCAUGGAGUUCCCUAAGCGUGGCGGGACGGCGGCCGAGUUCGCAGCGCUGACGAGGCAUGUCAUUGAGAAUGUCAUGUUGAACGGGUGUGUGAUUCGCUUAGACGGUGGAGCGAGGAUGCCGAGCCGCCUCUAA